UUGAAAACCAGCAUAAUCACAAACUUGUUGAAACCAUCGCCGCUCUCGCGCCCAGUUAUCGAAAGUUCACUCCAGAAAUACAAGAGGAUGUUAGAUUACUUGCAACAUGUGGUGUGCGCUCCGGUGCAAUUAUUGAAGUGCUGCGACAUAAAAAUCUGGGAAAGUACAUUCACGAUCGUGACAUUUAUAAUUUGAUUAAUUCCAUUUGCUGCGAAAAAAAUCAAAGUAAAAGUGAUGCUGACUCGAUAUACCUUAAUCUAAUGAAACAACAGCAGGAAAAUCCAUCACUCCACGUUGAUGCACAGUUUGAAGGCCAAGAAAAUUGUCUUGUACGGCUUUGCUGGAUGCGCCUGAGUCAACAAGAAUUGUGGGCACAUUUUCACGAUAUUGUCCUUCUCGACACAACUGCAAAAACCAACCGUCAUUCAUUGAUCUUGUGUGUUGUGAUUAUAGUGGAUAAUCACAAUCGUUCCCGCCUUGUAGCAACAGCCAUUUUGUCAGAUGAAACCAAAGAUAGUUUUGCAUGGUUGUUUCAAAGCCUUCUUGAUGCAACAG